CUGCAACUCUUUAAAACUCCUCUCCUUUACGGCGCUUUUGCUCCGCCGCGGGGAAGUUGCGGCGUCGUUUUUGCCCGCGUGUGAAGACGCUUUCUUCAGGAAGUUGUUUUGGAGUUUGUAAUUGAAGAAAUUUUGUGAGAAUGGAUGGUGGAAAUAUUGAAAAUAACAUGCAUCAGAUGUUUGGUGCUGUACCGCAGCUUCAGGUUUUGUCGGUUUCAGAAAAUGCGACGGUUACAGGAUUGGGAGAGAAUGCAAAUUACGUCCUUAGCGGUGAAGGAAUGGGGGUGGGACUUGGUGGUGGAGAUGAUGGAGUAAGUGAUUCCAAUGGUGUACGGAGGAGAGGGAGGCCACCGAAAAAUCGGCCUGAGUCGUCAGAUGUGACACUUGGACAUACGUCGAAUGUGGAUUCGCCGGCGGAGUCUUCUCAAAAGCGAGGAAGAGGGCGACCUAAAGGCUCUGGAAAGUGGCAAACGUUGGCUGCGAAUUUGAGUGGGAAUGCAUUGGAAACAGCAGGGAGUAGCUUGACACCUUACCUAAUGACAAUUGAGACCGGGGAGAAUGUAAUUCAAAAAAUUCUUUCCUUCACUCAAAGGGCUGGUGAAUCGAUAUGCAUUCUUUCAGCGUCCGGAGGAGUAACUAGUGCUGAACUGCUCAAACCUGGUUCACCUGAUGUUAUAAGGCAUGAGGGCCAGUUUGAUAUUGUAUCUCUUAAUGGAUCGUAUACAUUUCAUGGAAAGGAUGUCUUUAAUGGAAAGCUCCUACUAAGUGUGCAGUUGUUAGAUUCGAAGGGGGUUCUUUAUGGCGGUGCCAUGGGAAAUUCACUUAUUGCAGGAGCACCAAUCCAACUUGUCAUCGGUACAUUUAAACAGUGGCCAAGAGGGAAGGGGAAGAAGGCGAGAAUGAGCAACACAGUUGAAGCUACAGCAGCAUCACCGACCACACCAAACAGCCAAUUACUAGCAAAUGAAGCAAAUAGUCUGGAAGCUGUUUCUCAUGCCCCGGCACAAUCCAUCGAUGCAGUGGAUAAAUUCAUUAAUGGGCACGACACUCACAUGUCUCUUCAGCCGUUCGACUGGACCUCAUUGCAACCCUCUGCACCAGCAUCUCACCAUGUAAUCCCUGAUUUCAAUAGUGGUAUUCACUGAUUUAGGCGAGGUAAAAGCUCGUCUCUCUUCUCGAACCAAAUUUCCAUUCAUAGCUGUUGAAACUUAUUUAUGAAAAAGUAUAAACCUUAUUUGCUGGUAAUUCUAACUACUUAUUUGAGUAGAUUGAUCUUUAAUUUAGCAA